CAAACCUGGCUCGGAGAACCCUGCUCCAGCCCCGCGCCUCCCCCUCCUCCUCUAGAUCGAGCUGAGCAUCGCAUCUCCAGGACAGGGACACUCGGAGACUGUUUGAUCCAAACACCCAAAAGGGGACGUCCAUCCUGAUCUUCGGCCCCCUUUCAUCUUUUCCUGCUCCUCGGAUAUUUUCACGGACCAUGACCGAGCAGACCAAAUCAGCCUCGGGCCCUCGCUCGCAGUACGCCCGCGAUGCCACCUGGUACCCCCAUCAGGAGCUGGUGGCAGCCCAGCCAGCUAUUCAGUCAGGACUUCGGCUCGCCCGCUUCCCUGGAGUCAGGGGACCUCAGCUGGAUGGAGUGGCUGCAGCGCAGACAGGCCUCCAGCAACUGGCCUGAGUUCAUGCCCUUCUACCCCCUCCUCCUGCCCUCGUCCCCGGGCAUCAUGAAGCGCCCCAGGCCCAGGCCCGGCAUGGGGGCGGGGGAGGCGGAGGUCAGGACGGAGCAGUACGUCUGGAGGGUCAGCCUGGACGUGGGUCACUUUGCCCCAGAGGAGCUGACCCUGAGGACCAGGGAAGGCUUCCUGGAGGUUGGAGGGCAACACGAGGAUAGAGAGCAGAAUGAACAUGGAUUUAUUUCUAGAUGUUUUACAAAGGAAAUAACAAGCUUCCCAUCGGGGGUGGACUCCUCCCAGAUCCAGUCCACGCUGUCUGGAGACGGAGUUUUGUGCGUGGAAGCUUCUCUUCCUGUGGCUCCACUCCCUGGGGACCUCAUCAUUCCCAUCCAAGGUAGCAACGGGGACACAGCUAAGAAACACAAAUACACGUAUUACUUUAUACACAGGGUACAUUUAAGUGGACGAGAGUGA